AUGGAUCCUAUUUCUCUAGCCGUUGGCCUUGGGGAAAUCCUACCUCUGAUUUCCAGUGCUAUCAGCACCGCCAAGGAGUACAUCGACACCGUCAGGUCAGCAAGAAAGUCAAUUGCGGCACUGAUCAACGAACUUGAGGUUCUGCAAGCUAACGUCAAAAACCUCUAUUCCCUUCUAAAGAGCAACACCUUUACAGAACGAUCGGUUCGCUUCGAUGAGAAUUCCGUUCUCCUGACAUGCUCUGCCGCCUGCGAGGCAAAGCUGCAGUCGCUUUGCAAAACACUCAAACAAGAAGCGAAGGGGAGAGUGAAUCGUCUACUGUGGCCCUUUACUCAGAAGGAAUACCAAAAGGCUAUACAAGACUUGCGGAAUUUCACCAACUGGAUGCAAUUCGCGUUAUCCAUCGAUGGUUGCCGUGUUUUAUCGCAGACAUCGGAGGAUGUCUUGAAGUUAAUGGGUCAGCAGCUGGAGAGCUUCAAGGCGACACAGACACUGCAAAUGGGCACACUUCAGAUAAUUGAGAUCCUGAAAGACCAGAGGCUCACUGAUGAAGUAAAGGUUGAGCAAGAGGCUAGAAAGAGUAUUUUGAAUUGGAUAUCGACCUCGAAAUACUAUCAGAAACACCAGCUGAUCCAGGCAUCGAGGACACAAGAGACCGGUCUUUGGAUCAUGAAGAGAAAAGAGUUUAUACAGUGGCGAGAUGAUAACUCUGCGUCGAAUAUUCUCGUUUGCCCGGAAUCCAAGGCUCGGGCAAGACAAAUAUUGCGUAAUGCUCCCUAUUCGAUAAUAAUCGAUCAACUUCUCGACUCGAAUGCCAGCAAAGAUUCACCGGUCGCAUACUUCUAUUUCGACCACCAAGAUCAAUCUACUCAAAAGACGCCAGAAGUUCUUUGUUCUAUCCUGCGACAGCUUCUCGACCAAUUGCCGAAUGUCCCGAGUGCCGUGACAGAGCUAUUUGAGAAGAGCGACCGCCGGACCCAAAUGCCGCUCCACGAGUGUGAAAGAUUCCUCACUGAUCUGGCUUGCGAAGUGAAGUGUGCAUACUUAGUGUUUGAUGGACUUGAUGAAUCGGAACACCGGAGAUCUUUCCUCCAAAGCAUACAGAAUCUAGCUGGGAAUCGCCAAUUUCGUUUGCUGGUUACGAGUCGACCUCAUAUUCGGGACACGGUAGAUAUAUUCCAGGACUACCCUAACCUACCGAUCGAGGCAAACAGGGAAGAUCUCAAAACACACCUCUACCAGGAGCUCGACCAAGGAGGAAUUUAUGAUAUUGCGGAUCAAGAAUUCGUGAGGGGAUUGGUCCGGAAACUAGUGCGUGGAGCAGAAGGGAUGUUUCUGCUCCCCGUUCUACAGCUCCGUACUAUUCUAAAGGAGCCUACACUAGGUGAAAUGGAAGACAAGAUAGCGGACCUGUCAGGGAGUCUUAACGAUGCAUUCGCGGAUACCAUUUCGCGCAUCCAACGACUACCCAAAAGUCGCAGUCGGGUCGGCAUGGAUGCGCUUAUGUGGCUUUGUCACACCACUCGAGCAAUGUCAGAAGCCGAACUCAGUGAUGCUUUGGCUAUCCGUAGCGCACAAACCGUUGUUAACGUCAAGUAUCGUCCAACAACAAAGACAAUUCUCGAAUGUUGCCAAGGACUAGCGACUGUGGAUGGAGAAGGUCGUAUACGGCUUUCUCAUUAUGCAAUCCAAGAGUACUUGCGAGACCACUCAGGGAAUUUCUUUCCACGAGCAGAAGCCAUAAUUGCGGUGACUUGCCUCCGCUAUCUCGUCUUCGAGGAUUUUCAGGAUGGACCUUGGUCGACCUCGUUCGAGAUUGAGUCUAGAAUGAAAGUGUUUCCAUUUCUUCCCUGGGCCGCUAUGUAUUGGGGACGAUUCACACGGCAGACCGAAGGCGACCCGGAAGUUUGGACCACGCUGUUCACCUUCUUCUCUUCCCCCGCGGCUACGGCCAUUUCAAACCAGGUGCGCCAGUACUCGAUGCCGCGCAACAGUAAAUAUUGGGAUAAAGGCGAGUGUCGCAGCUUCUCGGCGCUUCAUCAUGCCUCACGACACGGACUUGAGCGAGCGCUCAAUACUCUGAUUGGCAGCGGUGCCUACGGCGUGAACGAAUUGACGCAGAUGGGCUCUACACCGAUCAUCCAUGCUGCUGCCGGCGGUCAUUUGCUGACGACUCGAAGCUUGUUGGCCCACGGAGCGGAUCCGUACCUGCGUAACUGGUACGGCAAUGCGCUGCACUGUGCUACUGAAGCAAACAAUGCGAACACAGUGCGCGAACUAGUGCGUUGGGGAAUGGAUCCUAAUGCCGAGAACGAAGACCGUCCUUAUCUCGUUGCCGCUCUAGGGGAAGACGCAGCCGAGGCAUUUGCAGCACUUGUCGAGCUCGGCGCUGACAUCGCAUUUCAGAGUUCGUGCUGGGGCCAAGGUCACCUAUUCUUCGUCGCAGCUUUCUUGGACUGUGAUGAGGUCGUCGGACUCAUGCUGGAGCGGAGGUGGGCCGAAACUGAGAUGAGAAAUGCGUGCGGGCAUACAGCAAUCCACUGUGCCACUUUAGGCGGCGCAGUCACGACGGUGAGGAGAUUGGUGGAGGCUGGGGCCAAUGUUGAUGCCAUGGACAACGCGUGCCGUACAGCCCUGGAGCACGCGGAGCACGACGGUAACAGGACCAUCGCAAAAUUGCUGCGAGAUUGUGGGGCCCGGUCAUCGCAGCUGAGUUGA